AUGAUUACCCGCUCCACGGGCCAAAGCACAGCCUUCUUCCUUUUUCCACACAACUAUCAACCUUCCGGCACAGGUAUUGCCCCAAUCCUCAACAAGAACCCCCGUGUACAAAUACAGGCCCACCACAUGCGCAAGCCUCGCGCAUCGCGCCUUCCCCCGCGUAGCCUCGGCUCGUUGCCAGGUUUCUUCCUUCAGCGGCGCCUUUGA